AUGCCACUAAACCAUAUAAAACAAAAACCUUUACUGACAACACAAGAAAAACCUUUACUGACAACACAAGAAAAACAUUUACUGACAACACAAGAAAAACCUUUACUGACAACACAAGAAAAACCUUUACUGACAACACAAGAAAAACAUUUACUGACAACACAAGAAAAACCUUUACUGACAACACAAGAAAAACAUUUACUGACAACACAAGAAAAACCUUUACUGACAACACAAGAAAAACAUUUACUGACAACACAAGAAAAACAUUUACUGACAACACAAGAAAAACCUUUACUGACAACACAAGAAAAACCUUUACUGACAACACAAGAAAAACCUUUACUGACAACACAAGAAAAACAUUUACUGACAACACAAGAAACACAUUUACUGACAACACAAGAAAAACCUUUACUGACAACACAAGAAAAACCUUUACUGACAACACAAGAAAAACCUUUACUGACAACACAAGAAAAACAUUUACUUUACGAACUAAUUGUCUUUUAUAAAUUUUGUUUCUUUUCAUCAAAUCAAAUUGAUUAUAAUAGUGUACAUUGUAAUACCUGUGAAAUUAUACAUGCUUUAGUAAAUGUUUUUUUUUAUAUAUAUAACUGUUUUGCCAAAAAAUCCAUUGACGAGUUUAAACGCAAAUAUAAUAGACAUAUAAAAAAUAAAAUUGAAAGUUUUUAG